CAUCUCUCCACCCCUUUCCUCCUCUCUGCCUCACUCCAUCUCUCUCAAACGUCCCUCUGCCUCUCUCUUAUAUUGAAAUUGGUCUGGGUCGAACAGGAUCACAGAACACGGCUUCUCUAUUGCUGCACAUUGUCGGGCAUUCCGCAAAACCCGAUCACUUGAAACACAAUAAGCAGACACAAAGGAAAGGACAUAGUACCACAAUAUAUUUUUAAAGGUAGAACACGUUUUUCUUAUAAAAAAAAAAUACCGUCCGUUUGUGCGUGUUAAGCGUUGUAAAGUAGGUGUUUAACUAUAACAGUCCAACUACAGUAUAAAAUAGCCAUGCAUUUGCACAUUAUAAUGCGCGCUAGCAUUGGAUUAGUCGGUUUCUGUCUGCUUGCCUUUGUCCAACAGCCAGCUCGCGCUUCAGGAGGCAAAUCCACUCAAGAUGUGGAUGAGUGUGCAGAGCAAAUUGACAACUGCAGCACCGAUGCCAUCUGCCAGAAUACACUCAAGUCAUACAAAUGCAUCUGCAAGUCGGGCUACAAGGGGGAUGGCAAGCACUGUGAAGAUUUAGACGAGUGUGCGAGUGAGUACAACGGUGGCUGUGUCCAUGACUGCAUCAACAUCCCGGGGAACUACAGGUGCACAUGCUAUGACGGCUUCCGGCUGGCACACGACGGACACAACUGCCUUGAUGUGGAUGAGUGUUCAGAGGGGAAUGGUGGAUGUCAGCAGAUCUGUGUGAACAUGAUGGGCAGUUACGAGUGUCGCUGCAGAGAAGGAUUCUUCCUGAGCGACAACCAGCACACCUGCAUCCAAAGGCCUAAAGCGCGACCAGAGGGCACCAAGGAGAGCCCCACCUGCAUGGAUAAGAACCAUGGCUGUGCUCACAUCUGCCGGGAGACACCAAAGGGAGGCGUCGCCUGCGAGUGCAGGCCUGGCUUCCAGCUCACCAGGAACAUGAGGGACUGCAAGUUGACCUGUAACUACGGCAAUGGGGGUUGCCAGCACAUCUGUGAGGAGACGGACCACGGCCCCAGAUGUGCGUGUCACAUGAAGUUUGCCCUGCAAACCGAUGAAAAGACAUGUGUAGGGGAGAGGAGUCUCCAGAACCAGGCAGCCCCACAGCUGUUCCCCAAUGAGACGUGUUUAUUGAAAAAUGGUGGCUGUGACAGCACAUGUCACGAUGCAGUGACCGGAGUCCGCUGCAGCUGUCCUGUAGGCUUCACUCUCCAGCCAGACCGCAAGACCUGCAAAGACAUUGAUGAGUGUCGCCUGAACAACGGGGGAUGUGAUCACGUAUGUCGGAACACAGUGGGCAGCUUCGAGUGCAGCUGCAAGAAGGGCUACAAGCUGCUGACCAAUGAGAGGACAUGCCAAGACAUUGACGAGUGUUCUUUUGACCGGGCGUGUGACCAUUCCUGCGUCAACUCCCCCGGCAGCUUCCAGUGCUUCUGUCAUAAAGGCUAUGUUCUCUACGGUCUGGCACAUUGUGGAGAUAUUGAUGAGUGCAGUAUAAACCGCGGUAGCUGUAAAUACGGCUGUGUCAACACUCAGGGCAGCUAUGAGUGUACUUGUCCAACUGGAUACAAGCUGCACUGGAACAGGAAGGACUGCAUUGAGCUGGUGAAAUGUCUGCCUGGCCUAGCUCCCAAGACCACUCUGACCUGCAGUAAAACAGGCAAGAAAGAGAGCUGCUCCCUCACCUGCACAUCCAAGGCUCACUAUCUGGCAGAAUCUGACAGCAGCUAUACAGUGAGCUGUGGCAUCCCCAUCCUACGAGGCAAAUCCCCAGCCAGGCUGAACACAAGCAGCAGUCCGAGCUGCAUAGGGGCCCCUCCAGUGAAGCAGACCGCCUCUUUCAAGAUCAAAGAUGCCAAGUGCCACCUGCACCCCAAGCUGACAGGCAGGGCUGAGGACAGGGGCCGAGCGCUGGGGCCAGGUGAGGGGCCACAUCUGGCCUACAUUCCAGACCUUGGAAGUGGACAGCCCUGCAAUAACUGCCUGGUUACGUUUGUCAACCUCAAAUGUGACUCCUCCAAGAAGGCCAAAGGGCGUCGUGUCCGUAACCCCACCAACAAAGAAGUGACACGCAUCACCCUGGAGCUCGAGGCGGAGGUCAAGCCAGGAGACACCACAGGAAGCUGUAACCUGAGUUGCCUGCGCCAGCGCAUGGAGAAGCAAGUGAAGACAUACAUCAAGGCCCUGAAGAAGUCGAUCAACCAGGAGCGUUUCCUGAUUCGCGUGGCUGGGCUGGAGUACGAGGUGGCCCAGAAGCUGCCCCAGGUCGCUUCAGCAGGCCACGAGAACUGUGGUCCAGGACGGGAGAAGGACAGCGGGCGCUGUGUCAGAUGUUUGCCAGGAUCGUACUACCAAGGGGAACAGGAACGCUGCGUCCAGUGCCCACCUGGCACCUUCCAGGAGAGGGAGGGGCAGCUGGCCUGUGACCUGUGCCCUGGCAGUGAUGGGCAUGGACCUGCCGGGGCACGCAACAUCUCCUCCUGUGCAGGUCAGUGCCCUACUGGCUACUUCUCCAGUGAUGGGUUUCAGCCAUGCCAGCCAUGCCCGUUUGGCUCCUACCAGCCUGACCUGGGACGGACCCUAUGCUUUCCCUGCGGAGGGGGGCUGAGCACCAAACGGGAGGGGUCCAGCUCCUUCCAUGACUGUGAGGUCAAAGUUCAGUGCUCCCCUGGCCACUACUACAACACUACGGUGCACCGCUGUAUUCGUUGCCCUCUGGGCAGCUACCAGACAGAGUUCAGACAGAACUACUGCAUCACCUGUCCUGGUAACACCACUACAGACUUUGAUGGGGCCACCAGUGUCUCUCAGUGCAAGAACCGAGAAUGCAGAGGAGAGAUGGGAGAGUUCACAGGUUACAUUGAGUCGCCCAACUACCCCGGAAAUUACCCAGCUAAUGUGGAAUGUAUCUGGAUCAUCAACCCACCCAACAAGCGCAAGAUCCUCAUGGUGGUGCCUGAGAUCUUCCUGCCCUCAGAGGACGAGUGUGGAGACGUACUGGUUAUGAGGAAGAACUGGUCGGCCACAUCCAUCACCACCUAUGAGACGUGUCAGACGUACGAGCGACCUAUAGCCUUCACCGCCCGCUCCCGCAGACUCUGGAUCAACUUCAAGUCCAACGAGGCUAACAGUGCACGAGGAUUCCAGAUCCCCUAUGUCACCUAUGACGAGGAUUAUGAACAGCUUGUAGAGGACAUUGUCAGAGACGGAAGACUCUAUGCCUCUGAAAACCAUCAAGAAAUCCUAAAGGAUAAAAAGCUGAUUAAAACUCUCUUCGACGUGCUGGCCCACCCUAACAACUACUUCAAGUACACCACUCGGGAGUUCAGCGAGAUGCUGCCGCGCUCCUUCUUGCGCCUCAUAAGCAGCAAAGUCUCCGCCUUCUUGCGACCAUAUAAGUAGUCUAAACAUCAAACCACGCCCCUGAAGGACCAGAUCCCGCCCCCCUCUAACAGGCCAAACAACGAACUCUCACAGGACUUCUAACAAGUUGACAAAAAUAACUAUUUUUUUCUUCUAUUUUUUCAUACUGUAGGCUUUGACGACACACUUCACUAUGCAGUCUCAUACUCAAUCUGUUUUGCAGUAUUUAGUUGUAUGCCAUUUUAAUUUCUCCAAAACCAUGCAGUAUCUGAAGCCAACCAACUUGAGUCAAAGUACAGUACAGGCUUUCUUGCCCAUCUCUUCUUUCUGAAUAUUUAUCACGGCUCCAAUAUGUUUGUGUCAUUGUAUUUUUUUGGUUUGUUGCUGUUGUCAUUCUUGUUUCUAUUAUCAUAUAGCAUAGGUGGCCUUGUCUGUCAUUUUCACAGCAAUCCAUAAUUAGAAGGAUAUGUGUGCAUUUCAGAUGACGCAUGUUGUCUGUUUGUUGACAAAAUGGACAGCGGUAGAGGCAUUUAUGUCAAACAGGAAGAAGGAUAUAAAGGGCAAUAUGUUUGUCACAUUUGUUUUGAGCUGGAACAGGGUUAUCGUAAACGUGCUUUAAUAAAUAGUCUUUCACUUGAAUUCCAGCUUUAACCAUGACAGGAUGAGUCCGUUUUGAUAAAUGAAUAACCUUUUGUAUAUCUAUAUCCUCCAUAAGCAGUCCUCGCGGAGAAGGACCUGUCAGUUUCCUGUCAUAGUUACAUUCCACAACAUUCAAAGCCUUACUAUAUCUGAGCUCUUAGAGAAACUUCUUGUUAAGGUAUUACUGUUAAAACAGUUAUUCUAUGUUUUUUUUCUUCUGUCCAUAUUGUAUAACUGUCUGUUGCCUACCUACAGAUAUUUUCUGUUAGUCUAUAUCCAAGUUAACUUAUACAAAGUGUAUAAAUUGUAGUUUAUAAAAAAAGAUCCAGAAGGUGAUGGACAUUUUGGAAAAGAAAUAGAAAACUAGAUUUGUGAGAAUCACAGAUGAAAGUCAGAAUAAUGUCUCUAUGGUCCAUGACUGGUGAGGAGAGAGACAGAAUAAUGUCUCUAUGGUCUAUGACUGGUGAGGAGAGAGACAGAAUAAUGUCUCUAUGGUCCAUGACUGUUGAGGAGAGGGACAGAAUAAUGUCUCUAUGGUCUAUGACUGGUGAGGAGAGAGACAGAAUAAUGUCUCUAUGGUCUAUGACUGGUGAGGAGAGAGAAAUAUAAAUGUCUCUAUGGUCCAUGACUGGUGAGGGAGAGACAGAUAAAUGUCUCUAUGGUCCAUGACUGGUGAGGGAGAGACAGAUAAAUGCCUCUAUGGUCAGUGACUGGUGAGGGAGAGACAGAUAAAUGCCUCUAUGGUCCGUGACUGGUGAGGGAGAGACAGAUAAAUGCCUCUAUGGUUCAUGACUGGUGAGUGAAACAGAGAUACAUCUUAAUUAAAGGGCAAGGUUCUGUGAUACAGAAAACGUCUUUAUUGGACACAACUGUGAGAGAGAGAGACAGAGAAAUGUCUAUGAGGGACAUACGUUUGCUGCUUCUCUUAAAAAGGUCACUUUAUUUCUUAAAUUUCAAGUCGUCUUUCUGUGCUCGCAUCACACUAAUAGUCCAUUGCAUUAAUAUAAAAGAAUGAUGCAUCAUAAGUAUAAAUACAAUUCCACCGCCAGUCCUCAUGUAAGUUGAAAGUCAUAUCACAUUUGCCUCUUCAUCCAUGGAUUACCAACUGAUUGUAAUGUUAUUCUUUCAAUCUUGUAAAUAAUGGGGGGACAAUUGACACGGUUUGAAUCCUUUUUAAUCUAAAUAAACUUGAGCAGGAUCCCCAAACUAUUUUCUUUCCAUGUCCUCUUCACCCUUUCCCUAAUCCAAAGAUCCCUCCACCCCCCACCCCACCAGCCCCUUUUCCCCAAACACCCACGUCAGAUUCUGUCCCAAUAAGACCAGCUCUUCCAAAGACUGUCCGCACGGCAAAAGCCUAGUUAUUAUCUCGUGCACUAGAUCUAGAGCCUGUCAUCCUACCUUUGUUGUACAAGUGCAAUGAAUGAAGUCUCCAUUGUGCUACUCCUCUCUUUGUGUCCAAAGAAAUACUAAAAAACAAUGUUAAUAUUUGUCAAAACAUAACAAAGGAUUGUCUUUUCUUGGACUCAUUUAAAGAAUUGUGACUGGCGUUAGGGUUUUGAAUGAAGUUACUUUAUAUUCAGCAUCCCACUACAAUAAUGUUGAAAAACAAAUAUAGUUGAUCAAUACAAUACUAUUACAAUGAAAUUAUUGCAAUGUAAAAACAAAUUACAAUGAUAACAAGUAAUCCUAAUACACUCAAACCUUUGUUGAAGAAGAAUCAACAUGUUAGCUACGGCUCUUAAAUAUAAUGGAUUUCCCUUGGAAACUCUGUUUUUAUUUUAUUUUAGAUUUUUUUUUGUAAAUAAAAGAGAAAAUAAACCGUGUAAAUGGUCAAAGCUAUUGUACAAUACCUUUAGAUAGUUGUAAGCACAGGUGCUUCUGGAUAAGAGAAAAGGAUUUUGACCACAUUGCUAAAUUGCAAGCCAAGCGUACACAUCACAGAACAUCUGCCAUAUCUGUUUUCUUUCGAAUGUUUGUUUUCAAGUCGCCAUGAGUAUUUAUACCACCCGGGGUUUUUUUUUAAAUCCAACAUUUCGAUGUCAAUAGCAACAGUCCAUAGAGCUCACUGUUUCCACCUGUCUCAACUCAUCCUUUCCCUCUCUUCAUCCCUCUGUACCUGCAGCCUGAACACACCAGAUGGCUGAGUUUUUUUUUUAUUAUUAUUAUUUUUUUUACAUAAGUUUGCUAUGAUGUAUCAUAGAGUUGAUAAUGGUAUUUGCACUUGAAAAUUGUUAUUGCUCAUGUAAAAAUGUCUGGAUUUUGUAUUGUCUUUUUAAAUGAAUGGAAUUGCUGUUCUUACAUUUCUUGUAGCUCUCGUUUGUUCUCUAAAUGCUCGCCUACUGUGUUCAACCCAUGAGGAUGAAGAUGCACAUGUGCAUGUACCUUUAUCAACUGUACAAAAACAAUUAUUAAAAAGUAUGUACAGAGAUUAAAUGAAACAAGAUGAUGAGCUUGUUUCUGUCAAAAACACUUAAAAAUAAACAUACUGUAAUUGAGUUUAA